AAACCCAUUGUGACUGCUCACUUAGACUGAGUUACUAUUAAAUUUGUAAAUAAAAUCCACCUGCUGGGGGGUCUCAAGUCAAUCCUUUCAGUUUCUUAUUUCUUGGAUUCUGUUCUUUGAGUUUCCACCCAAAGAGGGGAUUUAUAGAAAGAUCUAGACUAGGAGUCACAAAAUCCAAGUUCUUAAUCAGUCACUUUCUAGCUGUAGGAACUUGAGCAAGUCGUUUAAUCUGCUGUUUCUCUAUUUUGUAUCUCUAAAAUGGGGACAGUAAUUCAUGCAUUGCUUAUUGCAUCAGGAAUAUUGUGGGAGAAAAAGGCCCAUCUUUUUUUAUUUAAAUUGUUUCUUCAUUUUGGAAUCCCUCCUCUCAGGUUGUCCAAAUAUUCCUGCAGAGUUCUCCUGAGCGAGCUUUUUCUUGCUUUUUCUUCCCAAAGGCCUCUGCUAGUCCAUGCAUUAUGUAGCACUAUUCUGUACAGUUGUUGCAUGUUGCCUUUCUUCGCAGAUAGAAAGCUCCAUGAGGGCAAGGAUUGUAUCUUUCCUAUUUCUGUGUCUCCACAUUGCACAUCGCACCCGCCACACACACCAAGUUGACGUAUAAUAAAUGUUGGUUGAAUUAUUUUUGAGGCUGUCAGGAAUGAAAACUUUGGGUGAUAGGAAGAUGCCAAAGAUGAGCCUAGUAUCAGAACUUUUGGAUGACUGGCCUUUUAAAUCAGUCAGUUAUUUGUCUGUCUGUUGUAUCAGUAACUGAAUCAGAUGCUCAUAAUAUAAAUUGGUAAAGCCUGUUUUCUUGGUUCUGUUUACCUCAAAUACUGAGAAGCAAGUCAGAGGAAUGAAAGGUUGUCACAACCCCCCUGAAUUUGACAUUUGUUCUGUUUCUCACCCUAUAGCAUAUGGGGGUCUAUCUAUAUCCAACUGCUGAGUAUGAAGAAUUAAACCUGACUGCACGUUGUCUGGUCCACAUUUUAGCUUGUUUUCUUUGAAGAAUGUGCAAGGUGGAAAAAUAGAUGCUUCAGGCUCUGAUUUCAGCCCAUGCUGUGCUAUGCAAAUGUUCUCGACAUGCCUGAGUGACCUUUUUGAGAAAGAGCCUUUGUGAUCUUCUGUAGCCAGGGCCUGUUCUGGGAAUAGUGUGCCAGAUUUCUCUAAAAGUGGGAAAAGUGAAUCUGUUCAAAGACCAUAUAAAAAAGCCAGUGCUUUUCCUGGAUAAAUACCGAUAAGUUCAUGUUUCUUACUGUCUCUUGCCAGAGCUUUUGAAAUUUGCUCUGCAGUUUGCCUUGCCGGUUGAUUUGGAGAAUGAUACGUGUGAGACGGGACUGACUAAAGCAUUUCUGUAGCUGGGAAAGUGUUUAAGUGCUUUUGAAUUGUAGAUAAAAGUAAAUUCAAACUGGCAUCAUUAGUAUCUGGGUGUUUAUCAGUGUCUUCAGGCUGGUUCUCCAUAAGUGCCGGCUGAGUGACUUGCAACCAGAUUUGUAAGGUUGUCCCAAAUUGUGCUCUGAUGAUUUGGCAUUUAAAUUGUUUUCUAUUUGUUUUGAUUAUUGUACAAAAUGAAAUAUAUCAUUAUUAAAAGUAUAAUUAGUGCUUUUUUUAUGUUAUAAAAGAAAUACCGUUCUGAUGUAUUUCUCUUGGAAAGUGAUACUGGUGUCUUGGAGGUUUAUGGCUUCUGAUGCUUUUCCUGAGAUGUUUAGUUUCUAUAGCUGAAAUGGAUAAAAAAGAGUUUUCCCUCUCUCCCUUCCCUUAAACCACCUUUUUGAUAAGGAUUAUAACAGGUUUGCACCAGGAUAGGGUUGUACAGUUAAUCAUAAUGUUCUCCUGUAGAAAUUGUAAAAAUUGAAUUUUCAGAGAGGGUAGGUAGAAUUUGAAUGACUGGUUUACUUACUAGGCUCUUCUUCCUUCCCUAAGCAUAGGAUAAUUUUUUCUCUGAAGAUUGUCAGUCUCUUAGGUAUGUGUGGACGGUUCUAGAGGAAUGCUUUCUUCUCCACAUCUUUGCCCUGUAGCCCGUUUUGGCUAAGCAAAGAUGAGUAGCUGUCUGUUUUGUUGGUUGGGAAAAUCCUUGUCUGUUUUCGUAGUUACAUGCAAUGUUACAUAUCUUUUUCUUCUCCCCAAGUUUCCCUGGACCCUGGGCUCCCGAGACAGCAGCGCUGGAGCAGAUGGAUAAUGGAGACUGGGGCUAUAUGAUGACUGACCCAGUCACGUUAAAUGUAGGUGGACACUUGUAUACAACGUCUCUUACCACAUUGACGCGUUACCCGGAUUCCAUGCUUGGAGCUAUGUUUGGGGGGGACUUCCCCACAGCUCGAGACCCUCAAGGCAAUUACUUCAUUGAUCGAGAUGGACCUCUUUUCCGAUAUGUCCUCAACUUCUUAAGAACUUCAGAGUUGACCUUACCCCUGGAUUUUAAGGAAUUUGAUCUGCUUCGGAAAGAAGCAGAUUUUUAUCAGAUUGAGCCCUUGAUUCAAUGUCUCAAUGACCCUAAGCCUCUGUAUCCUAUGGAUACUUUUGAAGAAGUUGUGGAAUUAUCUAGUACUCGGAAGCUUUCUAAGUACUCCAAUCCAGUAGCUGUCAUCAUAACCCAAUUAACCAUCACCACCAAAGUCCAUUCCUUACUAGAAGGUAUCUCAAACUAUUUCACGAAGUGGAAUAAGCACAUGAUGGACACCAGAGAUUGCCAGGUUUCCUUUACUUUCGGACCCUGUGAUUAUCACCAGGAAGUUUCUCUCCGGGUCCACCUGAUGGAAUACAUUACAAAACAAGGUUUCACGAUCCGCAACACCCGAGUGCAUCACAUGAGCGAGCGGGCCAACGAGAACACAGUGGAGCACAACUGGACUUUCUGUAGGCUGGCUCGGAAGACCGAUGACUGAUCUCGAAGCCUGGGAGAAGUUCCUGGAAACUGACUCUCCAGGACAUGGAAGAGACUUUUUUUUUUUUUUAAAUCACAGUGUGGGGUUUUUUUUUUUUUUUUUUUAAUAUUUGUAUUUAUUCAAAGGCAUUGACGACCAGAAGGAAGUUUUGUGCUUUAGCAGACUCCUCUAUGUUUUGUUCCCUUUACCUUGAGUAUGCAUGUGCCUGUUCGGAGCCUCCAGAUACCUUUUUUAUAAAAAGAAGUAUAAAAAUCAUUAUGGUAUAUAAUCUCUUAACAGAGCUUUUUUUAUUACAGUGCUACAAUGAUUUCUGAUUAAAUGGUCCCUAACUCAACUAGAAGGCUAAAAAUGCAGGAAUGAAAGAAUAAACAGAGUACUCAUGAUGCCUUUGAGAAAAACCAAAACAUCAUGUAAGGUGACCUAGUUUCCAAACCAAUAAGCAGUAUUGUAAUAUUAAAGGAAAACUGUUCCAAUCAUUUAAAAGUACUUGUUAAGUACUGCUUUUUACAGUUAUGACAACUGUUUCUUUCUAUGCAUAUAAAUCAAGCAACCAAAUAUCUGUAGCCAUGGAAAUGUCUGACUAGAAAUAUUUAUAUUGGAUUCUGAAUACAAAAUGUCCCUGUGGUAGAACUCUUACUUCUUAUGCCUGGUGCAGUAUGAUUCCCAAGUGUACUGUCUACCAGAAGAAAAAAAAAAACUAAUAAAAAAUGAAAUAUGAAAAUUA